AUGAGUGUAGUCGUGUUCGUACUAGAAUUGCGGCAACGGAGCGCGCAAACGGUGCCCUCAACAAGUAUGCCGUCACCACAACACAGCUACAUGCGACCCGAAGAGCAAGUAAACAUCGCCGCCGUCCCCAGGUGA